ACCUUCCGUCUGCAACAGAUCCCCCGUACACCACACCACCGAAAACGACGUCUCCCAUCGACCGCACACACUCGACCCUGGCUCCUGCAACCACCUCGCUUCCGUCGCCGCCGAACAGGACAUGACCGCCAUAGCGGGCGGGAAGACUGCACCGAAGCUUGUAAACGACUUCCUACGCUUCGACCCGAUAAAUAGCGACCGCAACGCUACCUUCCUGACCAGUAUCACGCCUCCAGCUGGCGAAGGCCAACAACUUGCGCCUCCACAAGGCAGCUGUCAGCAUGAAUACACCACAAAACACUCCCAGAGCCUCUUGCCGCCUCUGGACGCCAGAGCGAGUGGAGAAGGCUACAAGCUCGCCGUGUGCUGCAAGAAAUGUCGAAUACACGCCGACAUCGACAUCAGUUACGACUUCUCGGAGCAGCCGUGUCCCACUGCCCAAGACCCGCUGCACCACUUCCUUAGGCGGGAAGAUGUCGAUACCACGGGCUCCGAUCGAAUACAGUAUGGGUGGCAGUGCUCGGCUCGUUUGUGCCGAGCGCAAUUGAAGAUCGGCUACAGAACACAGAGGUUGUCACCGGAGGAGCGAAUGGCAUUGACGGACACAGAACGUCUCAAAAGAGCCUAUGAGACCAUGCUGGCGAGCCAGCCCAACAGAGAAGGCCUCAAACAGGCCACGCCGAUAGAUGUGUUGUCCAGACUCAGAAAAUAUGUCAAAGACUCGUUGAACCCGGAGCACAGCCGAAGGUCGUUCCCAGCCGACAACAAGCGCUUUGGUGAAGCUUUUGGGGUAUACGGACGGGACUGCAGUACACUCCUGACUCGCCUGGGAUUCCGAUACGUGGAGGCACAGGACGAACAGGACGCCGUGUGGCACUUGCCCAAUCCCCCCAUGCUGGACACCCGCCUCCAUGCGGACGGAAGCAGCCUGCGCGAGCUCUUGGAGGACGUCGAGAUGGAGCUGCGCGCACUUCUCUCCAAAACAGCCGCGCAGACGGGCCUCACGGACCCGGCUGCUUCAGAAGGCUGGCCCUCUGCCGAUCAUGAUGUGGAACGGACACUGGCCGCACAAGGAUAUCCGCGAUAUUCUGCCCUGCGUCGGCAGGUGCCGUCUCCUGAGACGCUUCCAUACUUCGCAUCUCUAGGCAUACAACCCGAUUCUGCCGAUUCCAUUGUCGUGUGGGCCCUGGACAAGCAAUUUGACGCCGACCCGGCGCGGCAGUCGUACUAUUUGGAGUGCUUACAGGUCAUUGCAGAAACCCGCCAGACCGAAGAACUGCAAACAAAGGCUGUUUUGCUGGAGUCCGGAGGCUACAUCAGUCGCAGAGAUCUGGCCCGCGCCUACACAUACCUGGACAUUCCCCCGGGCGAUGCCGGAGCCGCAGAUGACGAGCGCAUCCUGAAUCUCUUCUACGUGCGGACAUCAGACUCGGGCACCGAGGCCAAGAUCGAAGCGAGGACUGCUCUCAAAAAGAUCGGUCACGCGCGACAGAGCCAGCGCCUCAUACGAGCUGCAGAGCAAACCAUUGAGACGUACGAAGAGGCGCUGGACUGGCUGGGGAACGGCGCGACGAGAGACACAUCCGACGAGCACCUGAUCAUCUUUGCUGCGACCAAGAUGGAAGAGAAUGCGGAGUUGACCCGGACUGCCAUGUCUGUCGUUGCCAAGGAGCGGAAAAGCGACUCGCUGAAUGGGUGGCUGCUGAACGGUCAAGGAGACGGAUGUCAGAUGUCGAUCGAAGAAGCGUUGCGCCAGGUGGGAGUGACCGACACCUGGAGCAGCAUCGCGGACAAGUCUCAACUGAUCAUUUAUUACGACCUGGCUCGUGCGGAUCGCCCAAGCGAGAAGACAGAGCAAGCCAUCGCUGUGAUACAGAGCGCAGUGGAAGCGGAAUCAUCGGCCCUACACUCGUCGGAGACAUGGCCCGUGGGUCUCACCAGUCACGGCAACACUUGUUACCUCAACAGUCUUUUACAGUACUACUUCAGUAUCAAGCCCCUCCGCGACAUUGUUCUCGACUACGAGGCAUAUGCACUGGACACGGUGCGGUAUCCUGCCAAGGAGGAACGGGUCGGUCAUCGGAAGAUAUCAACGGAAGAGGUGCGAGGGGGGCAACGUUUUGCAAAGGACCUGAAGCAGCUCUUCGAGCGUAUGAUUACGAGUCGCAGCGAGCAUGUACGGCCCGAAGAUGACUUGGUGUGCAGAGCAUUCCUCGAGAUGAAGGACUAUGCUCUGCUUGCAUCCACCGUACGCGAGGCCAAGGCCGCACAUGAUGCCAAGACCAACAACGUUCUCGGAAAUGUCGAGGAAGAAGAGGAGCCCGAGGAAACGAGCACGCUUCCAGCAUCGGAAGGUACUGAGCGUCACGAGUCGAAUGCCAGUAGCGUGACGCUUCAAGACGACCCCGACGUGCCGAUGCAAAACGGAGGGCUGCCGCCCACACCGCCCGACUCGCCCAACAAGGAGGAAUUGUCGGACAUCGCUGUCGCACCUCCUCUGCCACCACGUCGCUUCUCCACCACACGCGAACAGGCCCUGGAGAAGGCACAGGAAAAGGCCAAGGCACAGCAGGAUGUGACGGAAGUCCACGAUGACGUGCUGUUCAAGCUCCGAGCCGGUAUGAUGGCCGAAGGGACGGACACGAGUGGCGAGCAGGAAGAUCGUUUGCGACGCCUGUUUCGAUACAGCAUGGUGGAGACUUCGGUCAAGGGCGGCAUUGAUGGCAAGAAGAAGGAGCUCCUGGAUAUGGCGAUCACGAUUCCUCCUCCGUCAGAGGCCACGGACAUCUACACGGUGCUGGACCAAGUCUUUGACCUGCAGAGCAUCGGGGAAACGACUGAGGCCGGAAUCACAGAGGGCUACAAAUCUCUACAGCAAUUGCCACCAUUACUGCAGAUCAACAUUACUCGGAUUGAUUACGACAAAGCGAAGGGUGCAUUCAAGUCGGAAGCCUGCGUCAAGCUCGAGGAUGAGCUCUACCUGGAUCGGUACGUCGAUACCUCUCACCCACAAGUCCUUGCCAAGCGCAAGGCAUGCUGGGCCUGGCGUCAGCAGCUACACUCUCUUCGUCGGGAGAGGAAAGCACUCAACGAUGCUCCGCAAAUCACCGACAAGCCGAAAGACCUGAGCGGAGCCUUGGCUAUCGCCGAGGCAGGACAAUAUCUCCAUGAAGUCUCCAGUGUCAACGAAGACCUCGCCUCGAUUGGGAUCGAAGGCCUCGACAUUCCCCCGACUCUGGCCAGCGCCGUGCUGGAAGAUACCACAGUUCAGAUGGCGCGUCUGGUCGACCUGGAAGGCGAGAUUGCAUCACUGGAGCUGCAGCUAAAGGAUCAAUUCCGCGAGUUCACGGCAAUCAAGUACCGUCUUGCUGCAGUGUUCUUUCAUCGAGGCAGUUACGGACACGGGCACUACUGGAUCUACAUUCACGACUUCGAGAACGAUAUGUGGCGGGUCUAUAACGACGAAAAGGUGGAGGAGUUUAAGAACAUCCACGAGAUUCUCGAGGCCAAUACGUGGAACCACGGCACACCUACGUUUGCGGUGUAUGUACAGGAUGCUGGCAAGACUGAUAUUAUCCAACCUGUUUGUCGGGCGCCUGAAGCCGCUCCAGACCCUCCGGCCGUGUCUGAUGUGGAAAUGCAAGACAUGGACCAGACCAAUGGCACUGUCCAUCCACGAAGCACAAUAAGUGCUCGCAGCUCCAGAGCGGAGAGCAGUGGCCACUGGGACCGGAAUCGAGAGGUAGCAGUGACGAAGUGGUAGGCUGUUCAAGUGAGCCUUUCAUGCUAAUAUGAUGUGCGUGGUAGAACUACUUAUCUCCCGAGCCUCCGCUAGACGAUGAACCGAGGUCAGAUGACGAAGUGCUCUCCGAAAUGUCAGAUGACGGAAUGGCAGUCCUCGCAUCUUUCGCCCGAAAGUGCUUCUGGGCGUGAACGUUGUGGGGCUUGAGUGGAUGAUGUAUGUGUCUAUCAUUGACUUGGUGUAUGAUACCCCUUUGCGUGGAAUUUGGAGUAGUGGCUGCUUGCAGAGACAGACAUGGUCAGGGGCCGAGUAUACAUAGAUUCUGUAAGCCGCGACGGCGAUUCUCUUGUCGUGUAUUGAUAGUAUUGCGCAGUCAAUUCAGUCGGCGUGAUUCAACGUCGCAACGAAAGGAAUAGUGGAGAAGAAUCAAUCACGCUGAACAUGAGUCGGUGAAGGAACAAUCGA